AAGAGAAAAGGAAAGGAGGGAGCGUAGAAUAAAGCAAAAGCGAAGGUCUUUCUCAUACACGGAUCCCCAUGGAAUGCGGGAAGGAUGCCUAGCAUUGCUUGCUGGAACACAUUCUUUUUGUUUAGUUUAAAGGAACUUGCUUUGUUCCCUUUAGAAAUGUGUCCACCCAGACACCCUUAUAUACACGCCAAUACACUCGCAUAGAAAAGGAGAGAGAUGAUGCAGUUGCCCGCAGGAUCUGCAUAGAUUUUUUUACAUUCUUUGUUAGAUUUAGCCCAGUCAGUUUUGUCACAAAAUUAUUUAUUUACAAAAAAACUGAAGGAAAAGAAACUGGUCCAAGAGGUGGGGUGGGGAGGCUAGAGAGUGGAUAUUGUUUCCCAUUGAAUAUUUAGACAUAUAUAUAUUUCUCUUGUUUUGUGAAUGAGCAAGUGAGUGUUGGUUGAGAGAAAAUGAAGAGCAUGGAAAAUGAUGACUCUGUUGACCUUAAUAAUCAAAAUAACUGGUUGGGUUUCUCACUCUCUCCUCAAAUGAACGUAGGUGUUGCUUCACACCCUCAACCUUCCUCUGCUGCUGAUGUCGUUCCUACAAGUUUUUACCACACUGCACCACUUAAUAACUACGGCUUCUACUAUGGACUUGAAGCUGAAAAUGUUGGAUUAUAUUCAGCUUUGCCUAUCAUGCCCCUCAAAUCUGAUGGCUCUCUCUAUGGAAUGGAAGCUCUGAGCAGGUCACAAACACAAGCAAUGGCUACUACAUCAACUCCAAAACUGGAGAAUUUCUUAGGUGGGGAAGCGAUGGGGACCCCUCACUAUGAAUGUAAUGUCACAGAAACAAUUCCUCUGAGCUUAGACAGUGUGUUUUACAACCAAUCCUCACGCCGUGACCCAAAUAACCAAACUUUCCAAAACCAUGUCCAACACAUUACCACUCCACAACAACAUCAGCAAGACCUUCAAGCCCAACACUUAUCAUAUUACUCUACCUUGAGAAACCAUGAUAUGAUGUUAGAAGGGUCGAAGCAAAGUCAAACCUCAGACAGCAAUCUUCAGGUUCCAAACAUGGGUGAUGAUGGAGUUCCUGCUUCUGGUCUUAAGAGUUGGGGAGUAAGGAACUUCCAAACUAGCCAUGCACAGGACUCAAAGUUGAUUGUUCCUGUGGAGGAAAAUGGAGGUGAAUCAGGGUCCAUAGGAUCAAUGGCUUAUGGGGAUUUGCAGUCUUUAAGCUUGUCCAUGAGUCCUAGCUCACAAUCCAGUUGUGUGACUAGUUCGCACCGCACAUCACCUGCUGUCAUUGAUUCUGUUGCCAUGGAUACAAAGAAAAGGGGACCUGAAAAGGUUGACCAGAAGCAGAUAAUUCAUAGGAAGUCGAUUGACACCUUUGGACAAAGAACCUCUCAAUAUAGAGGUGUGACAAGGCAUAGGUGGACUGGUAGGUAUGAAGCUCAUCUAUGGGACAACAGCUGCAAGAAAGAGGGCCAAAGCAGGAAAGGAAGACAAGUUUAUCUAGGGGGUUAUGAUAUGGAAGAAAAAGCUGCGAGAGCUUAUGAUCUGGCCGCACUCAAGUAUUGGGGACCCUCCACUCACAUAAACUUCCCUUUGGAAAAUUAUCAAAAUGAACUUGAGGAAAUGAAGAACAUGACGAGACAGGAGUAUGUUGCUCAUUUAAGAAGAAAAAGCAGCGGAUUCUCAAGAGGGGCUUCAAUGUACAGAGGAGUAACAAGCAGACACCACCAACAUGGAAGGUGGCAAGCACGAAUUGGUAGAGUGGCUGGAAACAAAGAUCUAUAUCUAGGAACCUUCAGUACACAAGAGGAAGCAGCUGAAGCCUAUGACAUUGCUGCUAUAAAAUUCCGAGGAGUGAAUGCUGUAACCAACUUUGACAUAACAAGAUAUGACGUGGAGAAAAUCAUGGCAAGCAGCAACCUUCUUAGCAGUGAGCUAGCUAGGCGCAACCGAGAGACAGACAGUGGAACUCAGUAUAUUGAUCAUAAUCAUAAAUCUUCUGCGUAUGAUGAUACUGAAGAAGCUAUUCUAAUGCAGAAGAGCUGUGAAAAUCAAAAUGAUCAGUGGAAGAUGACUCCCUAUCAAUCCUCUCAACAACUUGACCAGAAUCCACCUAGAACUGAGAGUGACAGAACUAACCAAUCUUUCUCAGUGGCUUUGGACAACAUGUUUCAUCAAGAAGUAGAGGAAUCAAGAAAGGUGAGAACGCAUGUGUCAAAUCCUUCUUCACUGGCCACAAGUUUGAAUAGCUCAAGAGAAGGUAGCCCUGAUAGGACAAGCUUGCCAAUGCUCUCUGGAAUGCCUUCAACUGCGUCAAAAUUAUUGUCUACCAAUCCAAACAACGUGAAUUCUUGGGAUCCUUCACCCCAUUUGAGGCCUGCCCUUUCUUUGCCUCAGAUGCCAGUUUUUGCUGCUUGGACAGAUGCAUAGUUCAUAGUU